UUUGAACAGGUUCAAAACAGCACGUGCCGUGAUCGGUUGAGUUUUCCGGUGUCCUAUUGUCGGAGUUCGCGCACAUUAGUGUUAAUUUAAUUCUUUUCUCGAGAGUUUCGACAUUUUCCAAAUGGGAGUACACGACAAUGCGGAUUCGAAGUACAGCGCGAUGGGAAGCUCGGGCUUCUCGAAGCUAACCCCAAAACGGCCGACACCUGUUAUUUUCGGAGAGAGCACGAUGAAAGUGCCGAGGAUGGACGAGAGCCAGAAUGUUGGUCAGAAGGGCCCGGAUAAAGUCAACUUAAGCCUCCAACAACAAAGGAAAUCAUUGCCUGUUUAUAGACUUCGGAAAAGACUGUUGGAAGAAAUUCGUCAGCAUGGAACAUUGGUGAUCAUCGGUGAGACAGGAAGUGGCAAGACAACGCAGAUUCCACAAUUGCUUCUCUCAUCUGGCAUCGCCGGUCCGAAUGGGUGCAUCGGAAUCACACAGCCACGAAGACUAGCCGCUGUGAGCAUAGCACGCAGGGUUGCCGAAGAGCAGAAUGUUCAGCCCGGGAAAUUAGUGGGUUAUUGCGUGCGUUUUGAAGAUGUAACAUCACCACAGACUAGAAUAAAGUAUUUGACUGAUGGGAUGAUGGUGCGGGAGGCUAUGACCGAUGAAAUUCUAUCGGACUAUUCGGUGGUAAUCUUGGAUGAAGCUCACGAACGGUCCGUGCAAACCGAUGUUCUCUUAGGCGUGGCCAGAAGGGCCCAGAAUUUAAGGAAGUUGAAGAACCUGUCUCCGCUCAGGUUACUCAUCAUGUCUGCUACGAUGGACGUUGACAAGUUCACAAAAUACUUCCAAGCACCGGCUUUAUAUUUGGAGGGUAGACAGCACCCUGUUAAGAUUUAUCAUGCGGUCAAGUCACAGGAGGACUACGUAUUCUCAGCUCUUGUUACGAUCUUUCAAAUACACCGAGAGGCUGCUGCGAACGAAGACAUUUUGGCUUUCUUAACUGGCCAGGAGGAGAUCGAAGCCGCAGUGGCAGCUGCGAGACAAGUAGCGAAACAAUUGGAUGGGAAGGGCUAUCCGCCUCUAAUGAUUUUUCCUCUGUAUUCUGCCCUGCCGACUCAUCAGCAAUUACAGGCUUUCAAGCCCUCGCCCCCAGGAAUGCGAAAAUUGGUUCUGGCAACAAACGUUGCUGAGACAUCAGUGACCAUUGGAGGUAUUAAAUACGUGGUCGACACGGGGGUGGUUAAGGCGAGGACUCAUCAUCCUACGACAGGACUGGAUGUCCUCAGGGUGGAGAAAAUCGCCAAAGCUCAUGCUUGGCAGAGAACGGGUCGAGCAGGAAGGGAAAGUUCAGGAUACUGCUACAGAACCUAUUCUAAGGACGAUUUCGAGAAGAUCAAGGCAAUGCCCGUUCCUGAGAUACAGAGGUGUUCGCUAGCCGGAGUCGCCUUGCAGCUCCUCGCAAUUGGAGUUGAUAUCACGACCUUCGAUUUCAUGGAUAAACCCCCGAAGGAGUCCGUCGACGUCGCUGUCGCUUGCUUAGAGAGACUCGGCGCCGUUAAAGGGUCACCCCCGCAAUUAACUACUCUUGGAAGAACGAUGUCGCUGUUCCCGUUGGACCCUCGCUUUACCAAGGUGAUUCUAGCAUCGGUGGAACAUCGUUGUCUGGAGGAAGCCCUGACCGUCGUUGCCUUACUCUCUGGAGAGUCCGUUUUCUUGGAUCCACCCUCGAAAAGACAGCAGGCCUUCGCCGCGAGGUCCAGGUUCAGUUCGGAGGAGGGCGACCACGUGACGCUGCUGAACGUCUACCGCGGCUUUCAGGGUGCAUCCCAGAAGAAGGUCUGGUGCCACGAGAAUUUUCUUCAUCAUAGGAACCUGGAGUACGCAUCCGAGGUGCGUCGCCAGUUGGCUGGACUCGCGGAAAGAGCCAACCUGGAGAAGUGUAGCUGCGGAACGAGCACCGAGUCCCUGAGGAAAGCUCUCUUAGAGGGUCUCCCUGAAAAUCUGGCGGAACUUCAGAGGGACCAGAGCUACAUCACGAUCAACUCCAGGCAACCCGUCGCGAUACAUCCGUCAUCUUGCUUGCAUGGAACGAAACCGCCCCUGGUGCUCUUUACGGAAGUCGUGGCUACGGGCAGGUGUUAUCUUCGAGGUCUCUCCGUGAUAGAGGCUUCCUGGCUCUCUGGGAAGAGCAUCAACGUCCCCAGGCGCGACUGAGCGAGUCAAUUUCCUCGAUGGAGACGAACUUCGUGUAUAUAGAUCCCUUAUUUUAUUGCGUAUCCGAUGUCGUCGCCAUAUUGGCGACCGACAAUGCGGCAGAAUGCUCGAAGGACGGAUUUUGAGUUGAAUGAAUUUCAAAUACUCAGUAAAGCUAUUUCGAGCAUUCUGGCAAGGCGAUGCUUGCCGCUCGA